AUGAGUGCCAUUGAGAUGUCGUCCACCAAAUGGGAACCAUUGGCCGAUUUGGCCGAACACGCGCUCAAAGAAUCGCUGCGCUUCUCCUAUAAUACUGGAAACCCUUUCCUCAAAUGUUUGGCCACUGGACAGCCCGACCACCAAGUUAAUUCUGAUUAUAAUAAUCUGAAUAUGAAUAAGAGUUUGAUUGUAAUCUUAGGCAUGACAUUGGCUCUAAUUAUUAUGUCAGAGCAUAUGGUUUCAUGUGGCGGCUGUCCCUUUGGCUUCGAUGGCUCUGAUUUGGUUGCCGGCGCUGACGAGAGGGCCGGCUCUCUGUUGAACACUAUUAGAGACAUGGAAUCGGAAUCACAUGAACAGGAAGUGGAAGAAGAAGAAGACGACUGA